AGCCAGGCCUUCGCCAGCCUCCUGGAUCUGACACCGACCAUUCUGGACUGGUUCUCCAUCCCCUACCCUGCUUACAGCAUCUUUGGCACGAAGCAGGUGCAGCUCACCGGGAAGUCCCUCCUGCCAGUGCUGGAGUCGGAGCAGCCCUGGGACACGACCUUCAGCAGCCCGAGCCACCACGAGGUGACCAUGUACUACCCCAUGCGAGCCAUCCAGCACCAACAGUUCCGCCUCAUUCACAACCUCAACUAUAAGAUGCCCUUUCCCAUCGACCAGGACUUCUACAUCUCACCCACUUUCCAAGACCUGCUCAACCGCACCAGGGCCGGGCAGCCAACCCACUGGGACAAAACCCUGCACCAGUACUACUAUAGAGACCGCUGGGAGCUCUUUGACUGCAGCCUUGACCCCACCGAGAGCCAGAACCUGGCCCUGGACCCCCGCUAUGCCCCCAUCUUCCAGCUGCUCCGUGCACAGCUCCUGAAGUGGCAGUGGGACACGGGGGACCCCUGGGUGUGUGCCCCCGAUGCCGUCCUGGAGGAGAAGCUGAGCCCCCAGUGCCGGCCACUGCACAACGAGCUGUGAGCAUCCCCUCUGCCAC